CACUUCAGCUCUCUUUCGUCUUUCUAACUUCAUCUCUCUUUUGUUUUUGUUUUUGUUUUUUAAUUGUUUUCUCUUCAUCUUCCUCUUACAGUCUUACUUACAGAUGAAAGAGUGAAAAAUGAGAUUGAGAUUUGUUGUGUUUUUUAUGGUAUUAUUAUUAUAAUGAAAGGAGAAUUCCUUUUCCUCUUCUUUGAAAGCUAUGGCUCUGCAAGCAGAAGGGACUCAGCAGAUUCAAAGCCCUCCAUUGAUGAAUCUUGAUGGCCUGUUAUGUGAAGAAGAAGAUUUAGGAGUUUAUAGUUUUGAAGAAAAUGGAAGUGAAAUUCCUGCUGAAAAGGAGAAUUUUGUACCUUUAUUUCUUAACGAACAUGAUUUGUUCUGGGAAGACGAUGAGUUAAUCUCUUUAAUGUCUAAAGAGAAACAAACCCAUCAUGGUUACGUUGAUGUUUGUCCAGAUAAGUCUUUAGUUUUAGCUCGUAAAGAAGCUUUGGAUUGGGUUUUCAAGGUUAAGGCACACUAUGGGUUCAAUGCCUUGACCAUGGUUCUUGCUGUUAAUUACUUUGAUAGGUUCAUUUUAAGCUUUAAAUUCCAAGAAGACAAGCCAUGGAUGGCACAAUUAACUAUCGUGGCUUGUUUAUCUUUGGCUACCAAGGUUGAGGAAACUCAAGUGCCACUUCUUUUAGACCUCCAAGUGGAGGAAGCAAGGUAUGUGUUUGAUUCAAAGACCAUACAAAGAAUGGAGCUUUUGGUGUUGUCAACCCUGCAAUGGAGGAUGAAUCCUGUGACACCAAUAUCUUUCUUUGAACAUAUUACAAGGAGGCUUGGGUUGAGGACCCAUUUGCAUUGGGAUUUCCUUCGUAGGUGUGAGCAUUUGCUUCUCUUCCUCAUUACUGAUUCAAGGUUUGUGAUUUACACUCCUUCUAUCUUAGCUGUUGCAACAAUGCUGCAUCUUAUAAAAGAGGUUGAACCAUGCCAUUAUCUUGAAUAUCAGAAACAGCUUAUUGCUGUACUCGAGGCAUGUGAGGAUAAAGUAAAUGCCUGCUACAAGCUCAUCUCAGAGUUAUUGGAAAGCCAGUACAAAGGAAACCAAGGCCACAAAAGGAAGUAUAAAUCAAUACCAAGCAGCCCUAAUGGUGUCAUUGAUGCAUCAUUUAGCUGUGAUAGCUCAGAUGAUUUGUGGGCUGUGACAUCUUUGGUCUCAUCGUCACCCCAGCCACUGUUCAAAAGGAGUAGAGCUCAAGACCAGCAGAUGCGGCUACCUUCACUAAACCGUAUGUUUGUGGAUGUGCUUAGUAGCCCUCGUUAAUCUUUCUUUGUCAUAAUAACUAGUACUGUUAAACAUGUUAUUAGAUUUUCCUCAUCUGCAAAUCAGUAGUAAUUGUUCUUUAAUGUGCAAUUGAUGUGUUUCAUAACUUAUUUGUUGCCUUUUAUGGCCAAAUUUUCUAACAUGGAUCGGAGAUGUACUAAUAUCUGCUAAAUUCCAUUUUGAUUCA